AUGAAGACUCUGUUGUGUUUGUGUCUUGCUGUAUAUACAGCAUUUGCUGUGCCGUUAGAAAAUGAAAAACGACAAUAUUCGCGUUUUAUUGAGUUUCCCGAUGGUGAAGGUAAUCCACAUACAGUUGAUUUGGAGGAGCAGCCUGACAUGAAAUUAGUGGAAGAUGAGUUGAGGAAUUCUAAUAAUCAAUAUCUUCUUUUUACGAGGCGCAACUCAGCUUCACCUCAGACUCUCCGAAUCAACAACGCCAACAGCAUAACUUCUUCAAACUUCAAUGCUAGGAAUCCAACAGUUGUCGUUGCUCACGGCUGGCUCAGUAACCAAAAUACGAAUCCAAACCCUAUUCUUAGGAAUGCGUUCCUACGUAGAGCCGAUGUCAAUUUUAUUGUUUUGGACUGGAGAAGAGUCGCGGCGUCGACUUACCCAACCGCUGUAGCUGGAGUACCAGGAGUUGGCCGAGGUUUAGGACAGUUCCUCAACUUCCUCAACAGAGUUACAGGCGCACCUUUCAACACUAUGCAUCUUAUUGGCUUCAGUUUAGGAGCCCAUGUUGUUGGUAAUGCUGGCAGAGAACUCGGAGGUAGAGCAGCACGUGUCACAGGCUUAGACCCUGCCGGACCACUAUGGCAUGUAAAUUCAAAUCGUCUUCGACGCACUGAUGGGGUAUACGUAGAAGGUAUUCACACAGACGGUGGUACCACCGGUCUUGGAAUAGGAUCUGCCGUAGCUGAUGCAGACUUUUUCCCCAAUGGUGGCAAGUCUCAGCCUGGUUGUUCAACCAGCUUAUGUAACCAUAAUCGUGCAUUUGAACUUUUCGCAGCAAGCAUAGCAAAUACGCAUCUUGUUGGUAACCAGUGCUCCAAUAUGCUUCAAGUUUCUUCAAACACUUGUCGUGGCAGCAGACUGGUUUUAGGCAACGAUAAUUUGAAUAAGCGAGGUUCGGGCUUGUUUAGAUUAAAUACUGGAAGAAGAUAUCCUUUUUAA